CCUGGGAGGGGCCACGUACCGCACCAACUUGUCAGGAUCUCUUUUCAGGCAUGCUUUGGGUUUUUCCAGGUUGUGUAUGCCGUUUGUGAUUUAUUUGCCGUUUUCUUCCUUCAUUGCGAUCCUGCGUAGUUUUACGCGGGGAACUCGGUUGGUUAAGAAUCGGGAUUAAGUGUGCAUCCCUUCCCACUGCUUUAAACAUUUUACUGAUUUUACUCUGGCUCAGAAAGUAGCGCACUGAAAACAAACUUGAAAUAUGAUCACUUGGCUGUUUAUUGCGCUUUGUCUUCUGAAAGUCGAGCCUUCUUUAACGCAGCUCGCUUCCAUUAUGCCUCAAGAUCCAGCAUUAAUUAUUGGCUCAUCCCUCACCGCGACAUGCACAUUGAACAGUGACCUUGGUUUGAAAGCAGAGGAUCUGUACUGGACUUUAAAUGGAAGAAGAGUCCCUUCAGAAUUCUACACAAUUCUCAACAGCACCACCGUAACUGUGAACUUCGACAAGUUAAAUGGGUCAAAUCAGCAAUCAGGGGAUAACCUACUGUGUCAUAACUCCGAUGGAAGCAUAUUGGCUGGAUCAUGCCUUUUUGUUGGAAUGCCACCACAGAAACCGGUUAAUUUAAGCUGCUGGUCUAGAAAUACCAAAGAUCUGACCUGCAAAUGGGAUCCUGGGAGUGAAGGCGAGACGUACUUACAUACUAAAUACACACUGAAGUAUAAACUCCGGUGGUAUGGGCAAGAUAAAGAAUGCCAGGAGUAUCAUACUGCUGGGGCUUACUCCUGCUACAUACCUAAAGACCUAGCUCUUUUCACUCCGUAUGAAAUCUGGGUAGAGGGCUCAAAUGUGUUGGGUUCAGCAAACUCAGAGAUUGUCACUCUGGACAUCCUUGAUGUAGUGACAACAGAUCCACCUUCAGAUGUCCAUUUAAGUCGAGUUGGUGAUCUUGAAGACCAGCUUAGUGUGAGGUGGAGUUCCCCACCAGCUCUUAAAGAUUUCCUUUUUCAGGCAAAAUACCAGAUUCGGUACCGUGUGGAGGACAGCACAGAAUGGAAGGUUGUUGAUGAUGUCGGCAAUCAGACCUCCUGCCGCCUGGCUGGUUUGAAACCUGGAACAGUAUACUUUGUGCAAGUUCGCUGCAAUCCAGUUGGGAUUUAUGGCUCUAAGAAACCAGGGAUCUGGAGUGACUGGAGUAACCCUACAGCUGCUUCUACUCCAAGAAGUGAGCGAGUACCUGGUAUUUGUGAUCCAAAGAGUGGGGAGCAGAACUCUACUCUGCGUCGGGAACUGAAGCAGUUCUUUGGAUGGGUGAAGAAACAUGCCUACGGCUGUAGUAAUCUCAGCAUCAAACUGUAUGACCAAUGGAGGGUAUGGCUUCAGAAGUCCCACAAAACCAGGAAUCAGGUAGGGGAACCCAAAAUCAAGUCUUGGAUCAAGUGAGAGGCCUCAGAAACGCUCACGACAGUCUGGACAAAGGCUACAGGCAUGAUGCUUCAGUCAGCAGAAAUGAGAUGCACAGCCUUUUUUCUAAGGUUGAAUAGAAAUGCUGUCCAAGUUUCAAUAGGCACAGAAAGUAAAAGAGGAAACAGCCUGGUCAUGUGUUGCGACUUUGAAGAUAAUCAUAAAAUGUAAUGCUGGGUAUUAAAACAUUCCUACCGUCUAUGGACAAAGUUCUCUAAUUACAUACCUUUUUUCCAGCAGUGGAGUAUUGGGUUGAUGCCAUGUAAUAUUAAGUAUUACGUAAUAAAAAGAAAUAUAAAUAUUUAUAAA